GGCGUUCAUAUUCGGGUGGAAGUGAGACAUUGUCGGCAUCCCGUCUUCAGUUCCAGGCGAGAACGAGGAUAUACUGCUACAGGAGUUUCGUUCGAUCCAACCUAGGCCAUCAUUCCUGUCAUGGUUGGCCUGAGUAGAAGUAUAUGUGACCGUGCCAGAAAAUGUGUAGUUUCUCGGACACACUAGAGGGAUGCGUAUGAUUAACAGAGUCAAGUCAUAAGCAUCUCAGCGAUGCGGAGAGGCUGCCCUGCGAAAAGUUACUCGGGAGUUUGUGUCUCGAUUAUAUGAGGAAUGUCAGCAUCACACCACGAGCUUACGACACCCGCAUCGAGCAUCCCACGGAUCAUCAAGUUCUCCUGGCAUCAUUAGAGACCCCAGAAUGGUUCAGCUAGCCUGGGUCACACACGCCAUGUUGACCUCCUAUUCAGAUUUUCAGAAUGGUUCUAUCUGUAACGCCGGUACAUUAGUCUUGACCCUAGACUUUCUCACAGGGCGCACGCAGCAUAUCGCUGGAGUGCGACAACCCGGCACGGACAGGCUACUGAUCUGAUUUGGUCAUAUACGGGAUCAAAAUCAAGUCCUCCCGCUCGAUGAUGUCCUGGUCUAGACGGUUCUGAUAUUGGCGUUGUCGGAACCUAACUUGCCGCUGUAGUAUUCAUA